AUGUCUGUCUCGCCGGCCCUUGUCCGCGCCCGCGUCCCCGCCGCCGAGCCGCGCGACUUUUACGUCCGGCCCCAGUCGCGCGUCGUGCCCAGCGGCAACCGCGAGCGCACCGAGGCCUCGAACCGCUCGCGUCGCGUCCAGAACAAGAUCCGUAAUCUGGUCCAGUCGGAGCGCGGCUCGCACCACAACUCGAAAUUGAAGUACAAGGCCACCGAGACAGACAACACAGCUUACUGGGCGACGUACCCCUGGCCACGGUCGUCAGACGAGGCACCAUGGCUGGGACGCGGCGGCGGGAGCGGGGAAGCAGCGGCACUGGCCGGAAGGCUGCUGGCGGGCGUCCCGCUGGAGCCUCGGCAAGGAGCGCAGAGCCGCGAUCUGGUGACGGUGACCAACCAUGGCUUCAUCGCAGAGCUGCCGGUAGAGGAGCUGGCACGGAGUCAGGCCGAGCGCGACAUGGAGGACAUGGCUCAGCUCAAGGGGACCCGGGCCCAUCGGGUGGUCCGGACUCAGGUCGGUCAUCUCGACGUCGAGGGCGAGUUUGAUGGCUACGUCACCACGGGCUUCACCUCCAUUCCCGUCGCUGCCGUCAGCGAUGAACGCCCCUGGCGGAAGAUCAGCUCGUCCAUGCAGUACGAGGCAAAGGCAAAGUGGGGCCAGCGUAGUGCGAAGCUUGCUCUUCGCGCUGCUCAGCUCGAGUACUCGGCCCUCGUCUCGCGGAAGACCCACGACGUCGUCGUCCCGCGCUCCAUCGCCCUCAGUCAGGGCUUCAACAACCCAGCUGCAGACACCGAUGCUGCAAAGCCGCUUCCCUCAUCGAGCGGUGACGACGACGACGACGACGACGAGUCUGCCAUCGCAAAGCCCACACUCUCCGAGAUCGCCGCCCUCCAGCCGCAGCUCGACGACGAGACCAUGUUCUGGUGCGAGUAUCGUCAAGCUGCAGAGUCCAAGCACCUCGCUGCUGAGCUGCUUGACAACGACGACGACGACGACGCUGGCCAGUUUGGCUCCAUCGUCUUCCAAGGCACCGCCAUGUCGCACUCGUCCAACAUCGACCUCACUCGCAUAGUCGCCGGCAACGAUGACGGCCAGGGCCGCGUCGACUACGACGCCAUCUUUGGUGACGAUGAUCUCCCUUUAGAUGCUGCAAAGUUGGCAGACCAUCCCACAGCUUUCAAAAACGUCCAUGAUGGCGUCCAGGCCCGCCCCUCGCUCGCCGCACAGAGCAACAUGCUGAUCAGCUACGCCGAGCCCACACCGCGCCUCGCCUCCACCAUUGCUGUCGCCCGCGAUCCACGCGCUGGCUCGGCCGCCGCCUACAUUUCCCGCGUCGACCCGUUUGCCCUCCACGAGUUCCGCCUCACCCGCGCCGCACGAGAUCCCGCUCCUCACUCGCCACCGUCUGCCCUCGGCUACGAGGAGCGGACCUGGGCCGCCUCGCCCUCUGGCAGUGCCACCGUCGCCUGGCCAUCGUCGUCGCCGCUCGAGCGCGCAUACUACCUCGCCCAUCGCGCGCUUUCCUGCGAGACUCCGGUCCGGCUUGCCGUCUCGCCCGCCGACGUCGGCAUCGUCCGCGACGGUGCGGUCAGCCUCCUCGCUGCGCCGGCCUUUGACCGUGCCCGCCUCGCCUACGUCGACGCUGCCGUCUUUGGCCAGGCAUCAUGGUCCGACGGCGGCUUUGCCGUCCUCGACUCGGCCGGCCAGAUUCAUCUCGGCCUCCGAGACGCGCUCUACGACCACAAGGUCGACCUGCCAGACUCUGCCUGCUCCAGCUUUGACUCGCGCCUUCACCUCGCGCCCGUCGACACCUCGGGCAUGUUGAUGCUCCAUGCCUCGGGCCGCGGCGGCCGCCACAUCCGCCUAGUUGACCUCCGCCAGCGCUCCACCGGCCGAUCUAUUUUCUUCUCGCUGGCAGAGUCGCACUCCUUCGGCCACUCGAGCGCCAUGCUUCCGCGGACCACCCUCCACUCAGGCCGCUACGAGGUGCUCGGCAUUCACCCUGCCGCCCCACACCUCCCGCAUGCUGCAGUCGUCGCCACCUCGCAAUCGAUCCACCUUUACGACGUCCGCAUGCCUCGCGAGCCGCUUCUUGCCCACUUUUACCACACUCUCGAGGCCACCCGCAUCAUUCCGCACCUCUCCGCCGCCGCUUCGCUGCGGGUGCCCGCCGUCGAUGGCGGCGUCACCGCGGUCGUCACCGGCCACCAGUCCUCGAGCAACCUCAUCUGCUACCCCAUCGCCUCCAACACCGGCGCGUGGACGCCCGCCGGCCUCUCCGUUCCCUCGCUCUCCACCCCGACCGCCGGCCGCGGCGCCACCGCCGUCGCUCUUGCCCCGUCGCCACUCCGCAUGCCCGGUCCAGCCGACGUCAUCCCGCCCUCGGUCGCCCGCAUCCAGCCCGUCUCGACCAAGCUCGCCGGCCUCGACAUCGCCGCCGUCAGCGACGACGAGCUACUCGCCGUCUCCGCCACCUGGUCCGGCCGCGUCUUCUACUCCAUCUUUUCCGCCUCGUCGCUCGCUGCUGAGUCUGAUGGCGACAUCUGGCACGGCCCAUCGUCGCUCGUUCGCCACGAGGCGCUAUACAAGGCGCACGCCGCCCCGGCCGCUGCCGCCCAGUCCUUCUCUCCGCAUCUCUCCCACAUCUCCAUCUCCAACCCUGCCGGCCUCGCCUCCUCGCUCCGCCCGCCGCGGACCGACAAGCCUCCACCAGCAUCGUCCAACAUCUUCUUUGACACUCAACUUCCUCUCGCCAAGGACGUGGUCUUUGCCUCGCACGUCCCGGGUGACAUCGAGCCGUUUGUCGAGCCCUCUGCGCUCGUCUCCUUCCGCUCCGAGCGCCGCGAGACCGAUCCGAUCCGCCCUCUCACGUGGCCAUUUAUCUACCAGAUGCGCCACCCCGAUGUCCGCCCGCCGGCUCGCACCAGGGUCCGCACCAGACUGCGAACGCACGCCUUGCUGUGGAUGCUGAUGCCGCCGACCCGAGCCUCAUGGCGUGCCUCCCGCGCCGUCCUCGCCUCCGCCGCCGCCGCCAAGGCACCGCUCCUCACCUGCCGCCACACCGGCUGCAAGUACGCCGUCGACGCAGCCUUCUCGCCGCACCCGGCCCGCAUCCUUGCCUUUCACGAGCAUUGCCCGUACCUCCAUCCCGAUGCUGCUGCCGCCGCGGGUGUCUCGAGCGUCGCAUGGGCCUGGUGGCGCCCGCUCGAUCUCGCCUCGCUCCUCGCUUCGCACCCGACCCUGGCCGACAAGGCCAUAGCGUUCUGCACCGGCCGCUGGCGCUCUCUUGCCUCUAUGCGUCUCCGCCUCGCAAUGUUUGUCAUCCGAGACGGCUCGCUCCACCUUGCCCGCCACCGCCUCAUCGCCAUCCUCCCGCGCCCGCUCCUAGACACAGUUUACGGCAUCGACAGCACCGAGCUGCUCUCCACCAUCCACAUGCUCGGCCGCCGUGCCGGUGUCGUCGUAGAGGAGCAGUUGCGCUUCCAGCACGCGUGCAUGUCGUCGGCCGGGGCUGCUGCCCUGCUCAACGUUCAUCCGCGCCGCGACGCCCUCAUCUACGUCCGCGUCGCCGUUCCCGACAAGCCGGUCCGUGCCGACGCCGACCCCGUCGCCUCGUAUGGUCUUGCCGACAAUCUGCGUGCCAUCUGGGACAAUGAUCUCGAGGACAGGCUGUACGAGAGCCAGGCCCGCACGCGCAAGGUCACUGCAGUCGUCGACGAGGGGCCCAGCCAGCUCGAGGUCCACAGCCAGGCCAAAGAGCGCGCCAUGGAUCUACUCUCGGGCUUCCUGCCCUCACCCCUUCGCCCGCGCAAGAAGCGCAAGAGGCGCCAUCCGGCCUCGGCCUCGCAGGCAUCGGCCUCGCAAGCCUCUCAGGUCUCGCAAGCCUCUCAGGCCUCGCAGGCCUCUCAGGCAUCCCAGGCCUCUCAGGCCUCUCAGGCCUCUCAAGACUCGCAGGCCUCGCAGCCACUCUUUGGUCAGCAUCGCGGCCCGCCGCCGAGCCCAAUGGCUCUCUCGCCGGUCCGCCGCCGGUCGCAGCCUUCGUCGGCGACAAGCUCGCCCAUGCGCGCACGCCUCAGCCAGUCCUCUGCUCAGCGGACGGCGACCAAGAAGCGCGGCAAGCGCGGCAAGCGCGGCAGGCGCCGCAGGGGACAAAGUCAGCCUGGGUUCAUGUGACGCCAUGGAGAGCUCGACCAUAAACACCACCUUUACUCUG